AUGAACUCGACUCCGGUACACCAAGAUCCAGCGUGGACGCUACCUAUGAUUCCACCGGAACAUCCCCUGAAUCUAACAAUCGCAGCCGAAGCGGAGAAGAUAUACUUGGCGCCAUCCGACUUUUCGUUCCCCAAUGCAUCUCGGGGCUCAAAGAAACAUUGCCUUGAAACAGGAUCAGAAACAAUGCAGGAUCUAGCUCCAUGGUCCUGGUCUGAGAUACGCGAUCUCAUGGGGCCUCCGAUGAAAAAACAUGGAACAGUUGGACCAAGUGAAAAGAUAGUACAAGUUCAGCAUCCACUGGUCCAAAAUUUACCACUCUCUCCACUCUCAUUAGCGAUGUCUGGAUCGUCGUCCGCAACAUCUGGGGCAAUCCCAUCGCCGUUGCGGCUUGAUCAGGAACUUGAAACGAGCAUGCUUACAUUUGAAGCUAUCAGCCCUCAGGAAUUCCUUGACGAUAGAGUAUUGAAAAUUAAUUGCGGCUUAUAUGGAUUUGAUAUAGUCCAGGAAACAGUUAAAGACUCACUUAACCGAAAAGAAAUCUCCUUUUCCCAAGCCACCGGGCUCUAUCAUAUAAUACUUUCAUGGCGGUCCCAUUUCCACCGUGAGCUGGUCAUUAUCCACCGCCAGCGAAAGAUAAUCGAAGAAGAAAUGGCCGAGUCGAUAUCCCAAUGUAAUGAUAUUGAACAUGUUUAUAGAGAAGUGCUUACAGGGAAAAUGUUAAGGGCUUUACCGUACCUUCGCGCAACUGGAUCACUUCAUCAUGAAACACCUCAUGCCCGCCUCGCUGGACAAUACUAUUCAGCAACAAGAAUAAAUGAAGCAGGAAACGAAGAGUCGUAUUGUCAUAUUCUAGGCUGGGCACCACCUUCGCUGGUGGUGGCAUGUCGAUUGGUGCCAGACGCCCUUUCUCAAGACCUAUUGUCUCAUUUGUUUGGCGUAGGGGAGGUCCCCGUCAACGAUCCUCGAAACUCUAUAACCCUCGAUGUACACCUUGCGCGAGCUUUGAACAUGGGCGCAAUCGCCAUUGUUCCUUAUCUAUCUUCAAGCGAAGAGUAUGAAUGGACGAUAGUUGUAGUGGAUCCCACUAUCAACAACCAUUUCAUAUAUCCGGGUGUUUUAUGGAAGGAUAUCCAUCGACAACCUCUCAAGUUCCAAGGAGACCGCCGCCCAGCAACCCGAUACCUCUAUUUUCGGUAUGUGGUAACAUAUCUACUCUAUAAAAGGCGUUUAGACCCUAUACCCGACAUUAUUCAAGGACCAAAAUCCCAAGACAAACUGUGGCCCAUAAGUGGUCCAUUUCUACGGAGAUCCAUGUUUGCCAAGCUUGCCCUCGAAAUAGGAAGAGCACCACUUCCAGAAAUAUGGUACGAACAUACUACUUUUGAUAGUGACAGGCACACUAGGAAAGAAACAAACCAUGUACAGAAUUGGACAAGCGAAGAAGAAGAUGUUCUUGUACUAAAGCUUGCUGCGGAAUUAUUGGAUAAUGAAAUAUAA